AAAACGCUAAAACACCCUUGAACUAAACUCUGCAACAUGUGGGAGUGCUUGGCUGACACGGAAUGGGAAAACCCGUCAUUAGAGAACUCCGCAGCACCCCCCACACCCACGCCUACACCUUUCGCGCAGGUGACUUUCUACCUGUCCCGUGUAGCUUCCCCACAGGGCGUGGCGCCUGUGGAUUUGUUGUCUUCGCAGUAACAUGUUGAAGUCGGAAGCUCACUGAGUUCAGAGUGUUGAGAGGAGCACACAGCAGAUUUCUAACAUGAGAAGGUCGCAGAGUACUUCGUCUGAAGUGUCCCUCCCUCCCCCGGAGGACGAUGUGGACUCCGUCUGCUCCGACGAGCUGUUCGGCUCCCAGUCCCGCCGCUGGCUGGCAGACCUCAUGACCCGGGGACCCCCUGCGGAGCGCGGGGACGUCCUCACGACCGGCCGGGACGGGCUCUUCGUGGACUACAACUUCCCUGUGGGAGAGCUGGAGAUGCAGCCCGGGGUCAAGUGGAAACGACCAAAGGAGAUAUGUCCGUGCCCUCAGUUCGUGGUGGAUGGAGCUUCGCGCCUGGACAUCCGCCAGGGAAAACUCGCUGACUGCUGGUUGCUGUCCGCCAUCGCGUCUCUCUCCCAGUACCCCUCCCUGCUCAAGCAUGUCAUGCCUCCAGGACAGAGCUUCCAGGACGGCUACAACGGCUGCUUCGCCUUCAGGGUAAAACACCUGAACGCCUCCUUUCGUCCUAGGCUGAAAGGUGGAUACAGAGCUCUAAACAUGGGCUUACCUCAUGAGGCCAUGGUUGAUAUGACGGGUGGCGUGGCUGAGGUUUUGAAUAUCUCCACGAUCAGAGACCUGACCGGCCUCCUCAGAUACCUGCUGGACAAAGGAGCGCUCAUCAACUGUGCUAACAGCCAGGGUCCUUUGGAGCAAGGGAAUGAACUGGGAAUCAUGUUCAGACAUGCCUACUCUCUGACUGCAGUAGAGAAGGUGAAGACGGCACACGGCGCCGAGGAUUUGGUACGAAUCCUCAACCCCUGGGGCAACACCGAGUGGCAGGGGCCCUGGAGUGACAUGAAAGGUCCAGAGUGGAACACAGUGAGCUUCGAGGAGCAGAAAAGACUGGGCAGAAUCAGUCGGGAGGACGGGGAGUUCUGGAUGUCGGUGUCAGACUUCCGACAGAACUUUGAGUUGAUGGAGGUGUGUCACCGGACUGACCAAUCGGGGACCAGCGGUCUGCCGUGGUGCUGCAUAAUGCAUCAUGGGAACUGGGUGCCGAGCAUCUCAGCUGGAGGUCCUGCCAAUGGGAGUAAGACAAAUUGUUUAUCUGGUGACCCUCUGGAGGGGCCCGACCCCAAGGUUGGGAACCACCGAACUGAUGCCUCACAUCAGACUUUGAAUCUAAAGGUCCAGGGAUCAAGUCUCUGCUCAGAUGACACUAGUUUGGUCAUUGUAAUGACAUUCUGUGGCUCAGUAGUUUGUAUAUCUGUGUUUUAUAAGUGUGUGCUGUCCCUCCAGGCCCCUCGUACCAAUAAAUACCUGUCGCCUGAGGACUUCACCGUGCUCCAGCCGGUCCUCUUCAGUCCCCACUACUCCUCACGUCGGGAGGUUGUCCUCCGCGGCUCCCUCCAACCCGGUCGCUACAUCAUCAUCCCUUCGACCGCCGAGCCCAAUCAGCAGGGAGCGUUCCUCCUGCGGGUGCUGACGGAACAGGGCAACGCUGCCACUCCAGCCAACAAACCAUCGCCACAAGACUCUUCAAUAACAGAGCGUUCCUUUCCUCACCAGGAUGCUCUGCCUUCGCUUAAAUCUACCGAACAGCUGUUCAACAAGCACUGCAAGACAGGGAUAUGUAAACCAGUGCACCUCUACAGCCUGCUGACCGAGAUCAUACAGGGAGGAGUGUUGGCUGGCAGUGAGAAGUACUUGGCUCUGGAGCACUGCAAGAGCCUGGUGAUCCUCAUGGGCAGCCAAGGCAGCGCUCAGCUGACCUGGCAGGAGUUUCAGGGUCUGUGGGACAAGAUCACGAGGUGGACGGAUAUCUUCCUGGUGUUUGACAGGAACAAAUCAAAGCGCCUGGAGUAUCAGGAGGUGGCCCCCGCUCUGAAGGCGGCAGGCAUCAUGGUGGACGACCUGAUAAUCCAGCUGGUUGGACUGAGGUACACGGAGCCCGACUUGACCGUCAGUUACCCCGGCUUCCUGUUCCUGCUGAUGAAACUGGAGAGCAUGAUCCGUAAGGGAGGGAUCGUUAGAGAGCCCCUGACCCAGAGGACCGAGGCUCAUAAAACAGAUACCACCCGUCACACGGGGGCUGGGGCGGCGUUGGAGGGUGGCGGUCCAGCCUGCAGGAGCCACCUACAGAAGUAG